AUGGGAGAGGUUGAUCCAGCUUUCAUCCAAGACCCUGAGCACAGGCCCAAACUCUCUGCCACCGAAGCUGAAGGCAUACCAUUGAUUGCCCUGUCUCCCCUAAACUCCUCAGACAACAUUUCUGACCCUAAAGCCAUUGAAGGGGUUGUUAGAGAAAUAGGCAAUGCAUGCAAAGAGUGGGGGUUCUUCCAAGUGAUCAACCAUGGGGUGCUAUUGGAUAAGCAUAAAAAGAUCAAGGCCGCUGCUAGGAAAUUUUUUGCUCAGCCCUUGAAGGAGAAGAGGAAGAUUACGAGGGAUGAAAAAAGUUUGUUUGGUUACUAUGACACUGAGCACACCAAGAAUGUAAGAGACUGGAAGGAGGUGUUUGAUUUCACAGUGGAGGAGCCAAUGUUAAUGCCAGCUUCCAUUGAUCCUGAGGACAAGGAAGAGACAAAGUGGACUAACCAGUGGCCUGAGUAUCCUCCAGAACUAAGGGUGGCGUGUGAAGAGUAUACUGAAGAAGUAGAAAAGCUAGCUCUAAAGUUGAUGGGACUUAUAGCCUUGAGCCUAGGCAUGCCAGGAGACAGGUUCACCAGCUACUUCAAAGAUCAAACAAGUUUUAUCAGACUCAACUACUAUCCACCUUGCCCUUCCCUUCAGUUAGCUCUCGGCGUUGGGCGCCACAAGGAUAGCGGUGCUUUAACCGUGCUUGCACAGGAUGAGGUCGUAGGAUUGGAAGUGAAGAGGAAGAGAGAUGGAGAGUGGAUUCAGGUUAAACCUACCCCAAAUGCCUAUAUCAUCAAUGUUGGUGACAUUAGUUUUUGGAGCAAUGACAGAUAUGAGAGUGUGGAACACAGGGUGUUGGUGAAUUCAGAGAGGGGAAGGUUUUCCAUUCCCUACUUUGUCAACCCAGCACACUAUACCCUAGUCAGGCCCUUGGAGGAGCUGGCCCAUGAACAAGAAGACCCUGCAAAAUAUAAGCCUUACAGCUGGGGCAAGUUUUUGAGUCACAGAAAACUCAGUAAUUUCAAGAAACACAAUGCUGAAAACAUCCAGCUUUAUCAUUUCAGGGUUUCGGAAUAA